AUGGGUGGAGCCAUUUCUAGGCUUGCAAAGAGGUUCUUUCCAAAGAAUGGAGUGAGGAUUCUAAUGGUGGGUCUUGAUGCUUCAGGAAAGACAACAAUCCUCUACAAGCUGAAACUAGGAGAAAUUGUCACAACCAUUCCCACAAUUGGCUUCAAUGUGGAGACAAUAGAGUACAAAAAUAUUACCUUCACUGUUUGGGAUGUUGGAGGGCAAGAUAAGAUAAGGCCUUUAUGGAGACAUUACUCUCAGAAUACUCAAGGCCUUAUAUUUGUUGUGGACAGCAAUGAUAGAGAGAGAAUCGCAGAAGCUCGAAGCGAGCUUCAUCACAUUUUAAGCGAGAGUGAACUUAGCAAUGUAACACUCCUGGUACUUGCUAAUAAGCAAGACCUUCCAAAUGCUAUGUGUGCUUCUGAGAUUGCCGAUAAACUUGCCUUACACUUGCUCAGUCUACGUUACUGGUACAUCCAAUGCACUUCUGCCACCUCUGGACAAGGACUCUAUGAAGGUCUUGAUUGGCUAUCUAAUAAUAUUAUCACUGACAAGACACGAUGUAAAAGACUUCUAUAA